AUGGCGGCAAAAUCAAGCAUCCAGUCGACGAAAAAGUUGAACUCGGGUUACGAGAUCCCGGUUGUUGGAUUCGGUGUCUACCAAACUCCCCCGGAUAUCACCGAAAAAUGUGUUUUGAAGGCCUUGAAGGCGGGCUACAGACAUAUUGAUUCAGCUAGAUCUUAUCGCAACGAAGCUGAAUGUGGCGAAGCUAUCCGGAAAUCCGGACUUAAGCGCUCCGAUGUCUUCUUUACAACCAAGAUUCCCUGGAAGUCAUUGGGCUACGAGCCCACUAAAGAGUCCAUUGAAUCUAGCCUGAAGGCCGCCAAAGUAGAUUACUUUGAUCUGAUUCUCCUUCAUGCACCAUACGGUGGGAAGGAGAAGCGCGAAGGUUCCUGGAAAGCUCUCGUUGAGGCCCAAAAAGAAGGAAAAGUUCGGUCCAUUGGCGUCUCAAACUAUGGUGUCCAUCACUUGAACGAGUUGGAAGAGUACAAUAACGCCAUUGGUGGUAAAAUUGAUGUCGGCCAGUAUGAGUUGCACCCGUGGCUCGCCCGCCCUGACAUUGUCGAAUGGCUCCAAAAGCGAAACAUUGUCGUCGAAGCGUACAGCCCGCUCGUCCAGGCCAAAAAAAUGGAUGACCCAAGACUUCAGGAAAUUGCAAAGAAAUAUGAUAAAAGCCCAGCUCAGAUCUUGGGGUUUGUUCCUCUCCCAAAGUCUGCAACAGAGGAACGCAUUGUGGAGAACUCAGACAUCUUUGAUUUUGAGCUUUCUCAAGAUGACAUGAAAGUUCUUCAUACUGAUGAGUACCACCAUGUUUGCUGGGAUCCCACCACAUACAAAGAUGAAGAUAGCAUUCCAUGGUAA